AUGAAUAUAAUUUCGACUGAUGGUAGUGAGUCUCAGACUCAAGGUAAAACAAUAACUCCAACACCGAUUGGACCAAGUUUAGGAAUGAACCCAGUUCAAGUUACCGAAUGUACAUAUGAGACAACGUUCUGGCCUCGAAUUUCGGAUUUUGUUCAGAACGCACUUCAAGCGAAUCUACAAAUAGAAAGACCUUUACAUACCUAUUCUCAUGAAGAACUUUAUAGAAGUAUAUAUUGGAUGUGUUGGCAAGGCUUUCAAAAACGACUUUAUUCCGACUUGAUCUCAGUAAUUGAAGAAACUUUAGAGAAACUCGGAAAACAAUUAGAAAGUAAUAAGCAAUUGAAUGCAUGGUUCACUAAUUUUCAACAAAUAUGUGUUAACCAUGCAAAAGCUACCGAUAUUUUGGGGAGUGUCUUUGCGUACCUGGUAUUUGGAGUAUUUUUGUAUGAUAACUCUGAUAAAACAUAUAUACAAUAUACCCUUCGAGAAAACUUACGAGAUGUCUUGGUGGAUCGAUUUCAACUUUAUAUUACAGAAAAAUCGGAAAUGCGCAUCAUCUAUACGUUUGAUUUAGUGCUUGAUAAUCCUAGGUUAUUGGAAUUAAAUGCGGUGAAAGAUGUUGUGAAGGCAAUGUAUAAGAUUAGUCCAGAUAAUAUCUAUUUGAAUCCGACGUUAUUUCAAAAUUUAAUAGAAGACAUUAAAAUGCCCUCCAAUUUUGAAGAUAUUCAAGUUCGACAUACUACUUUAGAAACCAAGUAUCAAUUGGAAAAAUUAAAAAUUGAAGGGUGGGAAUCUGGACAUUCAUCUCAACAAAAACGAUCAUUAACAUUGAUGAAUGAAGGUGAUGAAAAUCAAGAAGAACCUUUAGCAAAACGCCGUCAAUGCUAG